AACCAAAACAAAAAUAAAUAUAAAAUAACAAUUCCACUUGGAAACUUCACAACACACUCUGUGACUGUGUCAUUUCAUUUCUACUUUUCUCUCACUGUUACUCACCUUUCCCUUUUCUCGCCGGAACCCUAAUUCCGUUCGCCGGAACUCAAAUUCACCGUUGAUGAUUGAAGAAUAGGUGUGAGAUCAAAAGGAGCUGGAUUUCGUCGCCAUAUGGAUGGAGGUAGCGUCUCUACACUUUAUUAUUAUGGGAUACACCCAUGGAUUAUGAUGACAAUGAUUUUCAAAGCCAGAAUCUUCAUUUAGCCGGUGAAGGGAGUAACAAAUUUCCUCCAGUAUUAAGGCAAUACCCCAAGUUUGAUUUUGAUGAAAGCCUUCAGGGUCAUUUAAGGUUUGAUAGUUUGGUUGAUACUGAAGUUUUCCUUGGCAUUGAAAGCAACGAAGAUAAUCAGUGGAUUGACGCAUACUCCCGGGUAAGUAGUGGCACAGAGUUCAAUUCAACUGCAGCUGAAACUUGCUCUACGUCAAGGCAUAAUAAUGUUUGGUCUGAGGCGACUUCCUCGGAAUCUGUUGAAAUGUUAUUAAAAUCUGUUGGGCAGGAGGACAUUAUCCCCAAAGAAGCUAUUGUUAUAGAAGAGUCAGAUGCCUGUGAUGAAUUAGCCAAGCAAAUGGAUCCCAAUCAAAAACCUGAUGAGAAAAUUGAGUUUAAAGAUAACAUUACUGAUACACAGCCACCCAGUUGUAUUCAUGAAAGCUUGUCCAGAUCAAAAGAGGAUGUAGAAAUGGAGCAGUCUCUGGCCGGAGUUUCCCAAGGCCGUGAAGGUGAAUCAUCCAUAGAUGGAAGUUUAAAUAAUAUGAAACCACCUGAUAUGCAUCGCAAUAUUGACUUGCCUGAGUCUGGGGGGAUUCUCUUUGAUACAAACCAAAGGAAAGUUGAAGUUCCAGCUGAUGGUUCUGUACAUGAAAAAACUAACGAUAACUCAUCUGCUUCCGUGGCGAUGACUAAUACGAAUGAAGCUUCUACAGAAAAUAUCUCUACCUGUGAAGUCUUAAAAAUUCAAAAUGUGCAAAAUCAAAUAGUUGGCCUGGGUGACGACGACCAAAGUUCUUUACAAACACAAAUUAGUAAGCAGGAUUUGGAGUCUUCCGUGAACAUCAAAGAUUUUAAUGCUGGCACUCAAACUUUAGAUGUAAAUACAGUUGAGGGUGAAGCAAAUCAUUCUGAUAACCCACCUCGUUUAAUCCAUACGGAACAAGCUUUGGAAGGUGAGAGUGUAGUUGAAGGCCUUGCGACUGGGAUAAAUACUUUAGAGAAAUCCUUGAACACCGUAUCUAAUGGUAUUUCUAACCUGCAGAAAACAGAAAGAGGAAGUGAAGAUGCAUGUUUUAGAGAUUUAUCCCAGGGAAAUGCAAAUAUAGAUUCAUUAUUGGUUAAAGAUCCUGCGGUGGAUAACCAAUCUACACCAAAUACAAGCAACAUGCCAAUGAUUGCAAUAAACGAUAAUUCCAGUUCUGAGGGGAAAGAUGCAUGUUUUAGAGAUUUAUCCCAAGGAAAUGCUAAUAACGAUGCUCUAUUGAUUAAAGGUCCUCUGACGGAUGAUCAAUCUGCACUAAAUACAAGUGGCAUUCCAAAGAUUGCCAUACUAGAUGAUUCUAGUUCUGAGGUGCAUAAAGUUGAGGUCAGUAAUUCUGAUUGUGGAACUUGUCCUAAUUAUCAGCCGAAUACGGUGAUGAUUGAGAAGACAUUUGGUGAGAGCAGUGUUUGUAAGGAGAAGGAGUUGGUAAACAUUGGUAACCAGAUGGAUACAGAGGAUUUGUUAGGUAAGUCAGAGGCAUCUAUGCUUGCUGUGGUGGACAAAAACACUUCUAUAGCCAGUGAAGGAAAUAGUGAUAACAGAGCAAGUUUUUUCACUUUCAAUACAAUGGUUUCUACAGAGUCUCACAUUUUGGGCGAGACCACUCAAGUAUGUGAAAAUAACAAAUCUGACGAGCAUAAAGAUUUUUGUCAAGACAUUUUUGUCAUUGACCAAGGGCGUGAAAAGGCUCCUUUUGAUUCGAGCACAAUUCCUUGUGAUGUUGAUCAAUUCCAUCUUGCUGACAAGAGAGUUUGUUCAUCAUCUCUUGGUGCAGGUAGUGUUGAAACCUCCACAGUAUCGGUCGAUGUCACGCCGGUCAACAGUUCAGUUACAGAUCACCAUGAGCUUGAAAGGAUGAAGCAUGUUGAGCCUGCUUCUGUUGAUGAAAAGGAAGACUUUGAAGCCAAAGUAGAUGAAGAAGCAGGUGAUUCUUUUCCUGUUGGGUCUUCUGAACUGGAAGUUGAUCCCUGUCCUGUUGCUGGAACUAAAAGUAAAAAAAAUUCCGAUAAUCUGGAUAAUCUGCAUAUUACUGCUACUAAAAAGAUUGGUGAACCUCAAGAAAGACAAAGUAGUGAGGUUGAUCACGAGUGCACAAAAGAUUCUAGUAUGGCUACUGAUCUAUGUGAAUCACUAGAGAAACAGGGUGAUGAAGUUACUGUUUGUUUUAUUAAGGAUGAUAAGGAGGCAGUUCAAGAGCAUCAUGACAAGCCAUGCUCAAAAUUAUCCGGUUCCAUAUCGUCGUCUUCUCCCGAUUUUCACAAUGAGCUGCAUGAGACUGGAGGCUGUCCUGCCAAUCCUUCCUAUGAUAAUCGUGGACCAUCUGUUACAUUUGGAAGCCCUCUUGAAACUAAAAAGGGUGGGAAUAAAGUUAAGCCUACUGCUGAUCUGAACCCUCCAGUUUUUGAGUUCAUGAAGAAGGAUGCAACAAACACACCAUCUUCUAAUCAUGAUCACAAGGGGAAUGAUGUAUCUAAAGAUGGGAGAAGCUUAGCUCCUGAGGUAGAUCUAGUGGCAAAUUCGUCUGAAAAAGACAUUACAAAUUUGACCCCAAUAGGAGCAAAUGCUGGUGAGAGGGUUCCCCUUCCUGUUAUUGCAGCCAACAAGGAAUCAGUGGUUCUAGCAGAAUCUCCACUGGCUUCUGAAUUAGGUACUCCCAAACCCAGUGUAUCUGGACAUGUAUCUCAUGGAAGUCCACAAAUACCUGAUGGUGAUUUAGCACGAAGUGUUUCUAAAGCUACACCUGAGCGCAAAACCAGGCGAGCACCUAAUAAAACAGCCGGAAAGGAAUCAUCUAGAAAAGGAAGUAAAGAAAAAACUCCAGCAAGACGGUCAGAAAAAGGGGGUAGAUCAACUAGUGUAUCUCUGAGCCCAUCAUCUGGUUUACAGUUGAUGCAAUCCAACGAGGCACACCAGUAUUAUGGGAAAAUUGAUUCCAUCAGUACAAAGCCAUUUCCAGAUUUGAACACUUCUGCUGCUUCUGCGUCUGUUUUGUUUCAACAGCCUUUUAUGGAUGUUCAGCAAGUACAACUGCGCGCACAAAUAUUUGUCUAUGGAGCUUUGAUUCAAGGCGUAGUACCUGAGGAGGCCCAUAUGCUAUCGGCUUUUGGUGGUCCAGAUGGUGGACGGAACUUUUGGGAGAAAGCCUGGUCUUCAUGCUUGGAAAGGCAGCAGGGUCAUAAACCUCAUCCAAUUAACUCAGAAACACCACUGCAAUCACGAUCCGGUACUAGAAGCCCAGGUUUGGCAGUUAAGCAAAGUGAACAGCAAGGAAAGGGUAUCUCUUCACCUCUUGGCCCAGCCAGUAGCAAGGGUACUCCAACCACUGUAAACCCUUUUAUUCCUCUGUCAUCUCCCCUUUGGAGUCUACCAACUCCCUCAUGUGAUUCCCUGCAAUCUAGUGCCCUUGCAAGAGGUCCUGCUUUGGAUUAUUCACAGGCGCUCACUUCUUUGCAUCCUAAUCAAACUCCACCACUGCGAAACUUUCUUGGGCAUAAUACAUCUCGGAUAUCCCAGCCCCCUCUUCGUGGACCAUGGACUGCUUCUUCUACUCCUGCAUUCGAUAGCAGUUCCUAUCCUUCUGCAUCACCUGUCGCAGAUACAGUUAAGUCCAGUUCAACAAAAGGAACUUCUGUACCUUCUUCUAGCAUAAAAAAUGUCCCACCUGGUCUACCGGCUUCUGAUUUAGGUCUACAAAGUGUAUUUCUGCCAACUACUCCUCUGUUUAAUACAAACAAUGCGGUGGUAUCACAUGCUCAACGUUCUUCUGAUCCGAAGUCCAAAAAAAGGAAAAAGGUUACAACAGAGUCCGAGGAUCUUGGUCAGAAGGCUAUGCAUUUGCAGUCCCAUCUAGUAUUAUCAACUCCUUCUGUCAGCAGCCAUAUAUCUACUGCUGUCGCCACUGCAACUUCUGCUGUUAAUGUGCCAGUAACUACUGUUGAAAAAUCAGUUGAGCCUUUAUUUCUGCCAUCUACUCCUCUGUUUAGUACAAACAAUGCGAUGGUAUCACGUGCUCAACAUUCUUCUGAUCCAAAGUCCAAAAAAAGGAAAAAGGUUACAACAGAGUCUGAGGAUCUUGGCCAGAAGGCCAUUCAUUUGCAGUCCCACCUAGUAUUAUCAACUCCUGUCAUCAGCAGCCAUAUAUCUACUGCUUUUGCCACCGAAACCCCUGUUCUGAAUGUGCCAGUAACUGCUGUGGAAAAGUCAGUUCAGUCUGUAUCUCCUCUAUCUUUUGCUGAUCGCCUCAAAAGUGGCUGGAAUGUUGAGAAGAAGGUUAUGUCAGACGAGUCUCUUACAAAAAUUGAGGAGGCAAGGAUAAAUGCAGAGGAAGCUUCUGCUCUUUCUGCUGCUGCGGUGAAUCAUAGCAUGGAGAUAUGGAAACAGUUGGACAAGCAAAAAAAUUCUGGAUUGGCAUCAGAUGUUGAGGCCAAAUUAGCUUCUGCUGCAGUUGCAGUUGCUGCAGCAGCUGCUGUUGCAAAGGCAGCAGCUGCAGCUGCCAGUGUUGCGUCAAAUGCUGCACUGCAAGCAAAACUGAUGGCUGAUGAAGCAUUGAUCUUUUCUGGUCAUGAGAGUUCUUGCCAAAUUUAUCUUUCCGAGGGUAUGGGUAACUUAGGAAAAGCAACCCCUGCUUCCAUCUUGAAGGGUGCAAGUGGAGCCAAUAGCUCUAGCUAUAUUAUCGGUGCUGCAAAGGAGGCUUCAAGAAGGAGAGUUGAGGCUGCCUCAUUUGCCAGAAAACGAGCUGAAAAUAUGGAUGCUAUUGUGAAGGCUGCUGAGCUGGCCGCAGAAGCUGUUUCACAAGCUGGAAAGAUCGUUACUAUGGGUGAUCCUUUGCCGUUAAGCGACUUGGUAGAAGCUGGUCCAGAGGGUUGUUGGAAUACCUUCCAAGAGUCUUCUCAGCAAGUUGGGCUAUUGAAAGGCAUGAGCAGAGGUCCGGUGAGUAUUGGCAAUGUUGGAGACAGACCAGAAACCUCUCAAAUGUCUAACAGAGAUAUCUCAUCUGAGGAAAUGCGGAAGCAGAUUGCCGUAGGUGAGGAGUCACCCUUUCACAAGGUGCAUAAUGAGAUGUCACUGGACCAUAUGAGAUCAAUUGAUGACAUUUCAUCUAUUAUCAGCAUCAAUGAAAAUAGUUCAAACGGAUCAAGGGGCCACAAGGUUUCUAAUUUAGUCAAUCCCAUUGACGUGCUUCCCGAGUCUGGGACUGAAACACAGGCUUCUUUAACUGAUGGCAUUGAAUUUGAAAAUCGGGAGAAGAAUAACAUCAAAGAGGGCUCACCUGUAGAGGUUUUUAAAGAUGGGAAGGAAUUUAAAGCAGCAUGGUUCACAGCCAAUAUAUUAAGUUUGAAGGACGGCAAAGCAUAUGUAUGCUACAAUGCUCUUGUAGCCGAUGAAGGUGCAGGGCCUUUAAAGGAAUGGGUUUCACUUGAAGGUGAGGGAGACAAGCCCCCUAGAAUUCGUGCUGCUCGUUCUCUUACCAGUUUUCAUAAUGAAGGGACAAGGAAAAGACCAAGAGCAGAUAUGGUUGAUUAUUGGUCCAUUGGGGAUAGAGUUGAUGCAUGGAUACAAGAAAGUUGGCAGGAAGGAAUUAUUAAAGAUAAGAAGAAUAAGAAAGCUAAAACAUUUACUGUUUACUUCCCAGCAAGUGGAGAAACAUCAGUUUUUGAUGCCUGGCUUCUCCGUCCAUCCCUUAUUUGGAAUGAUGGGAAAUGGAUUGAGUCUCCUAAGGUGGGAGCAAAUAACAGUCCCACCAAUGAGGGUGAUACACCACAUGAAAAACGGCCUAAAUUAGGUAAUCCUGCACAAGAAUUAGCAAAAGGAAAAGACAAGGCUUCUAAAGGUACUGAUGCUGCAGAAUCAGCUAAUCCCACUGAACUGAGGUUAGUUAAUUUGACUGAAGAUGAUAAAGUGUUCAAUGUUGGUAAGAGCAAUAAGAAUGAAAAGAAACCAGAUGUACACAGACUGGCGAGGUCUGGUCUUCAAAAAGAAGGACCAAGAGUGAUUUUCGGAGUUCCUAAACCGGGGAAGAAUACAAAAUUUAUGGAAGUAAGCAAGCAUUAUGUCGCGGAUGGGACAAGUAGGAUUAAUGAUGGAGGAAAUGGUUCUGUUAAGUUUGCAAAUUCUUCAAUACCUAAUGCUUCAGGAUCACGUAGUUGGAAAGACAGUUCAAUACAUGAUGCUAAGGAAAAACCCAGAGCUGACUUCAAGCCCACUUCUAAGCCUGGAAGGCCACAGAAUGUUUUGGGUAGAGUGAUUCCAUCAAAACAAAAACCUUCGUCAAACUUUCAUACCAAUGAUUUGACAAGUCGUAGAGAAAGGACCAAGGAUACUUCAAGUCAUUUCAACAGUGUAUCUCAGCGUGAAAGUCAGAUGGAAAGGGCAUCCUAUUCUGAAACCACGGGAGCAGGACCAACCUCGUAUUCCUCACGGGCAUCUUCAACUGAAUCUUAUCCCACUAAAAAGCCUCCCACAGCAAGAGUAAGUAAAGGAAAACCUGCACCUGCUGGUGGUAGGUUGGGUAAGGGUGAGGUGGAAAAGGCUUUGAAUGGAAAUCCGUUGAAAUCAACAUCUGAAGAAGUCCUUGAGCCUCGUCGAUCCAAUCGCAAGAUCCAACCAACAUCAAGAUUAUUGGAAGGAAUACAGAGCUCUUUAAUUAUCACAAAGACUCCAUCAGCUUCACAUGAAAAAAGUCAGAAAAACCAUAAUCGUAAUACUUCUAGGGGUAAUAACCAUGACUGAAAGAAGGUUUUGCGACGGGCACCGUUUAGUUGAAAGACCAACUGCAAUUGGAUGACUCGCAUACUCUGCAUAAAUUUGUAUAUUAUAUAAUAGGGAACAUAGCAAUGGGAGUUCUUGCUUUUUUGGGUUUAGGCAGACUAGUUGGUAGCUGUUCACAUCGAGUCAAUCUUGUUCACAAUAUAAUUUUGAUGUUCCUGUCUCAUCUUAUGCACUGUAGACUGUAUGUGAAAUUUAUCCAUGCCAAUAUAUCAAAUGGUAACAUAGUACUUCUUGAAUAUUAACUUGUA